CAAAUAGGCUGGGAGACACAUUAGAAAAAGCACUGCUCCACAGAGGGACUGAGUGAGUGAGUGAAGCACACAGAGAUUAAGAAAAACGGACAACAGAAAGAGAGACAUGUGACAGUAAAGGAGCUCACUGAAUGGUGUUUUUUCUACUUUGUGUGGGAGGCAGGAAACCAGACGACUACCUGUUGAGAUGGGAAGUACAACCCUCCCAGUGUACAUCAACGUGAGCGCGGGGAUGUCCAACUCGUCAUCAGAGCCAGAUAAGAAUGAGGAGGGCUACAGUGAGGUAACCAUGUUCCUGCUGGGCAUCGUCAUGUCCAUACUCGUCUUGGUCAUUGUGUUUGGCAACAUCCUGGUCAUCAUAGCAAUCGCUCGCUUCCAGCGUCUCCAAAAUGUCACCAACUGUUUCAUCACCUCCCUGGCUUGUGCUGACCUGGUCAUGGGCCUCAUUGUGGUUCCCUUCGGUGCCUGCUCCAUCAUCUUUAAGACCUGGCACUUUGGAAGUUUCUGGUGUGAGUUCUGGACCGCAACUGAUGUGCUCUGCGUGACUGCAAGCAUUGAGACCCUGUGUGUCAUCGCCAUCGACCGUUAUCUGGCCAUCACCUCUCCGUUCCGGUACCAGUCGAUAUUGACCAAGUGCAAGGCUCGCAUUGUGGUCGUGCUGGUGUGGGUGAUUGCCGCCUUGACGUCUUUCCUGCCCAUCCACAUGAAGUGGUGGAUAUCGGAUGAUAAGGAAGCGAUGGAUUGCAACGAGAACAGUAAAUGCUGCGAGUUCAACACCAACAUGGCUUACGCCAUCACCUCUUCCAUCAUCUCCUUCUACCUCCCUCUGGUCAUUAUGGUCUUUGUCUACAGCCGCGUAUUCCAGGAGGCCAAGCGGCAACUGAAGAAAAUUUACCAAAGCGUUGGACGUUUUCAAAACAACGACAACAGCAACCUGAGAUCUCUGGAGGCCAACAACGGGCGUGGUAACAAGAAGGUCAGGUUUUGCCUGCGGGAACACAAAGCCCUAAAGACCCUGGGCAUCAUCAUGGGGAUCUUCACCCUUUGCUGGUUGCCCUUCUUCCUGCUAAAUGUGGUGGUGGCCAUAUGGAAGGUGGAGGGCAUUGACCUCACCUUUACGAUACUCAACUGGAUUGGCUUCGCAAACUCUGCCUUCAACCCGUUCAUUUACUGCCGGAGUGCUGAGUUCAGGUAUGCCUUCAAGGAAAUCCUCUGCAUGAAGAGGAACCGCCUCAGCAACCCGGGGCCAGUGAACGAAUACGCCGACGACAGGCACAGCUGGCAGAGCGAGCCGCAAGGCAGGAGUAAGUGUAGCUUGGAAGACAGCGAGACUAACGAAGGGUGUCAGGGUAAAACAGCGGGGGGCUGCGGGACUGCGGACAGAGCAGUGGACCCCAAUGGGAAUUGCAACAAAGGCCUGUCAACUGUAACGACUGUCCUGUAAACUGGGAGCCCCGAGACUUCUGUCAAUAGGGAGAAAAACAACGCGUUUACACAGCUGCCGUAAACUUUUUGAAAAAAUGAAGGUAAGGCCAGUCAAACCGGCUGGUAGAGACUCCUUCACGGAAACUGUAAUAUUCAUGAGGAGCAGAGAAAAGUAUUUAUCUUUCAACUCAGUGAAUGAAUCCUGCAGGUUGAUCACUUUUGUUGCAUUUCUCAUGUUAAACUUUCAUCUACCUCAUCACUCCUUUUACAUGUGUCUCUCAACGGAGAAUUUUACCAUGACUACCUGUCCACGAGAGUUGCACUAGGAAAGUACAGUAUCUCAGAUGUUUAUUUACUUGUAUUAUGUAUGAAUGUAUAGAUUCAUUACAAAAAAUGGACAAUUUGGCAUAAAUAGCGAGUAAUUUUUCCAUCAGAAAAUGGCCGGCUGAGCAGCAUGGAAGCUUUACACCUGAUGCCUUGCUUGAAGAAAUACAUUCCAAUCUAUCGAAAUCUGAAUAUGAUUUUUUAUGCUAUUUCGUUUUAUUCAUUGUGAAGGACAAUGAUGAUGGACAGCUGUGUAAAAACUUGUGCUUGCUUUCUCUCGCUCGAUUCGCAGCUCAGCGAUGUUUUACAUCCUGGCUGUUUGUGUUCGCAAGAAGAUUGCACCAGAUAAGUUUUUCCAUAUAGCACUUAGGCAAGCCGGUAAACGCAUGGGUCCGUCCUAAAAAACCUGCAAGUCUGUACAUGUUGUAACAGCUAGAUUCCAUUUUAAGCUGUUAAGAUAUAUAAUAUCUUAAACAGAUGGCAUUAAUGUGGUUAAUCCUGGGUAUUGACCUUUUAAAGCUUGCACCUGUUAAAGAUAUAAAUGCACAGUGUUUAACACAGUUUUCUACUGCACAACCCACCAGUCAUGUCUUGCUUUGUGGUAAACUUGCUGAAAAUGUAAACCAGUAUUUGACACAUGAUAAAGCCAUUAGAUGAGCAUAAGGCAAACUAUGAGUCUUUCCUGUUCACCCUCAGUGACAGUUAUUUCUGCUGUUUCUUAAAUUGUGUGUUUGGUCUGUUUCGGCAUGUCGUGUUUUCUGAAACCAGAGAAGCUGUUUCCUUAGUCAUGGCACAGGGUACAAAACCACACAAUAAUAAACAGUGCGUCAAAUUAGCCGUGCGAUAACACCAUCCAGCACAGAGACUGGUCUUGACCACUCAGAGGCCGAUUAAUUGAGAUGACAAAAUAAGUCCUGAGCAGUGCACCAUUGUCUCCCUGACAUUUCCCAGAGUCUCCCUUACUCUAAACAUGUGUCUGGAUCUUUGGCAUAUGUGUCUAACAUUUAUAUGCAGGCAGUGCCGUUUCAGUCAGCCUGCAUGGUGCAAAGUCUAGCCAAUCCAGCUGAGCCCAGCAUAAAUAACCAAUACGUCCGUUAUCUUUACCGUUCAGCCGAAGAAUCAGAUAAUUCGGGAACACUGAAAUAGAUUAGUGGAUCGUAAAGUAUACACUUUCCAAUCUGCACCAUGAGUUUUGAUGACAUAACAAGAGCACAUUAGCGCUUCACGUGCAGGGGCUUGAAUUAGUGAAUUCACCCACUCUUUCCACGCGAAGUGGCAGGUGUGAGCCCCACUCCUCUGUGAGUUUCCCCAUGACCUGAUCAAAGUGACAGCAUGUACAUGUGACAGCUGUAGAAGACGAGGGGGGGGGGGGGGACCACUGUCAGUCUAAAUCGGUGUUUGUGACCUGUGUUUUAGUGCAUGUAGCGUUGCCUUUGGUCAUCUGACUCGAGUCAAAAUUGUGAACUUUGUCCCCUCAGAGGAAUUCAUAUGUACUGUAUUGGUAGGUUUGGUCAAUGCUGUUGUCACUUGCUUUAGGAAUAGACGUAAAUAUGUUGUGAUCCGUUAGUGUUUGCCAUGUGAAAAACAAGAUUUCCCGUCUGCUGAUAUUUUUUUGCUGUUUUUCUUGUCCAUGGAUUUACAGCAAAGUAAAUGCAGAGGUUGAAUGUCAUAAGAAAUGUUCCGCAGGUUGGUAUUUUUCCCCAGAGCAUUUUCACUGUACAACUAUCCACAAAACGGGAUAGCGAUUCAAGACCACCGCUUUUGCUAGACCAACAACUGUGUUUACUCUUUUAAUUGACGCUCUGACACUAAAUUGAUGAGUGCUGUAUUAAAAAAAGAAAGAAAGUGGACAAGGUGCAUGCAUGUGCACAAGAUGGUUUUUCAUGUCCGCUUUGUCUCAUUACGGCGAUGUGUAUGUAGACACGGGGGGGGGGGGGGUGGGGGGGCACUUCCUUUCAGAGUGAUCUGUCAAAGUCCAAGAAGAGAAGGUUGUGAGCGGUACGUCCACACUGCUCCCUCCUGGCAGUGGCCUCUCCUUGCACCUCAGCUGUCUCAGAGUUGUUAAUGGCUACUGUUGCAUCAAUACGCCUGUAUAAUAGGGAAUGUCAUUCAUGUCUGGAGGACACAACAAAGUUAUACGCAAUGAGUCUUGAACCCUUGAUUGACACUAAAACAUUCCAAGUACAGCGGAUGGUUCGUCUACCGAUGCGCACAAUGAACAUUCAGUUCUCACUAAUUUGACCUCAGAUCACCCAUGGUACCCACUGAUACGUGCUCUGCAUACAUGAAAGGUUAUUUUUAAAGUGGAUCCUGGGUUAAAGACAAGUGUUGAAGACUUAUUACAACGUGUCAUGUGUAUCUAUAUUGUAUUGCGAUCAAGGCUGAGGUGGGUUUAUGCUAAUGUUACCCUCACUUAUCCACUGUUGUCCACGUACGCUGCUCCCCACAGUUUAGCUUAGGAUCGUUUAGCUUGACUCAAGACACUUUCUUGAGACAUUUGUUUCGGAAAACAAUUGAAUCCAAGUCUGAGUUUGUGUAACUAUAAAUAAUUGCUGCCUGAAGAGUUCACUUGUGCCAUUGUAUUUUUGUGGAAGUGCUCUUUCCGGUUUGUGACUAAAAAAGCGAGAGUCAUGAGAAAGUGCAGAGUCGCAGCACGGAUGUUGAAGGUGGAUUGUCUUGAGCAAUUCAUGAAUGUGAUCACUCCAUGAAAGUGAAUGUGUGUGUGUGUUGCUUUUGCCGGCAUUUAAAAAAAACAAACCUAUUACAUGUGAACGUUGUUUUUUUGGACUGAAAGGAGUCGUCACUCGGCUGAAUGUUUACUAAAUGUUUCCAAACCCUUUUUUUUGCACAUGUUGUUGUCACUGUUUGUGAAGGUACAGAGCCUGCUACAACAUGUGGUGUCCGGUGGUAUUUAUGAAAACACAAUUGUAACGUUUGUAUUGAAAUAAAUGAUGUCCAUGUUGCAUGUGCCGUCCCCA